GCCAUGCCCACCCACGGCGGGCCAAUGGGCGGCCGCUGCCCCUGAACCCACGUGUCCCCGCCGUUAGCACGCACAGCCCCACUCACUCACUCCGUUUGUAGCGGGCUUAGUAGCGUGUAGACAUGGACGGACAAAGCCAGCAAACCUCCGCAAACAGCCCCAACGAUGAAGCAAACGACCCAGGGAAAAUGUUCAUAGGGGGGUUGAGCUGGCAAACCACAGCAGAUAGCCUUAGAGAAUACUUUUGCAAGUACGGAGAAAUCAAGGAAUGUAUGGUGAUGAAAGAUCCAGUCACCCGCAGAUCGAGAGGUUUCGGCUUCGUGACUUUCAGGGACCCCGCUAGUGUAGAUAAAGUGUUAGCCGUUAGCAAGCAUGAGCUAGAUUCCAAAACGAUUGACCCAAAAGUUGCUUUCCCCAGAAGAGCACAACCCAAGAUGGUCACAAGAACCAAGAAAAUCUUCGUGGGAGGCCUGUCAGCAAACACUGUAUUAGAAGAUGUCAAGAAUUACUUCGGCCAUUACGGAAAGAUAGAGGAUGCCAUGCUGAUGUUCGACAAGCAGACCAAUAGGCAUAGAGGUUUUGGGUUUGUAACAUUCGAGAGCGAAGACAUCGUGGACAAGGUGUGCGACAUCCACUUCCAUGAGAUCAACAACAAGAUGGUGGAGUGUAAGAAAGCUCAGCCGAAGGAGGUGAUGUUCCCGCCGGGGUCGGCCCGCGGCCGCGCCCGGGGCGCCUUCGGAACCUGGCCGGAUCUCGGUGAGAGUUUCCUAUAUCUCCUGCACCCCGAUAUUGUUAGGGAAGACGGAAUCCAAGCUGGAGUCUACCCCAACUUUGCCUACGGUCGCGGCUACCCGUUCGCACCUGGAUACGGCUAUGGCUUCCCUGAAAGUGGCCAUUUCGUGUUCCCCACAGGCUUCCCGGCCGCCGCCUACGGACCUCCCGGCCGAGCCAGCCCACGCGGCGCACGCGGCAGGGGCAUCAUGGGAUACCCUGGAACCGGCUUCCCUGAUUACACGUACAUGGCCCCGGGGGACCAGCGCGCCUAUUUUGCCGAUUACGGCAGCGUGGGCCCGGCGAGCGUGGGCCCCGCCCUGAGGCCGGCCGUGGGCCAAACCGAGCCGGCCCGUGUGACUAGCUCGCCCAUGCACCAGGACUACAAGCCAGUGUUGAACAGCUACGCCACCCAGGGCUUCGCUCCGCCCGCGUCCCCUGCCAACAGCCGCGGGUUCCCGCCCGCCAACAGCCCCGGCCCCAUCGACAUGUACGGGGGAACCACCAGCCAGGCCGACACCGUCAGCAGCUACGUGGCGCAGGCCGCUUCCCCGCAGCCCUCGGGCUUCUCCAUCGCUCCCUCCUCGGGACACUUGAUAGCGGCGGCAUUUCAAAAUGGCUACCAUUGAGCCGGUGGGCAAACCACUAUGAGGGAUUCGGGAAUUCCAACUAUGCCGGGAUGGUGGGCAACCCUCGCAACUUCUGACAGUUUGUGACGUCGGCGUGACGACCGUCUCCAUGGCGACCCAUCCCUCGUAGUUUGGCUGCCUGCAGAGCGAUAUGAAGAUUUGCUGUGUGCUUGUGGUUUUUGAAGAUGACUUUCCAAUUUUGGCUCUGUUUGUCAGCAGUUCCCGCUGCCUUGUACAUAACGAGCUUUCUUCAUUAUUAUUAUUAUUAUUUCAUUAUUUUUGCUGUAUUGGCUUCAUGGCGAGACCCUUAAUUUUAAUGCUACUUAAUUUUGUCAUCUUCUUUACAUAUUAAUUCAUGGUAGUUGAUGUAUUAGGGUUUUAUCUAUAAUAAGUAAGAAUCCACUUACCCACAUUUAUGCUUUUUAACUGUAGUGAGGUACGUAUAUUCCUAGUGUCACUUGCUGUGCUUUUAUUCAUGUAUUUCCUAGUCACUUAUGGUACCACAGCCAGCCCAACAAAACUCAAGAUGUGGUUACUCUAUUUUUUGUACGCAAGAUGCAAGAGCAACUGCUCCUAGUGUGGGGAACCUGACCUACCCAUUGUUGACGAAUGGAACGCUCUGCCCCAUGGAAAACGGACUGAUCUAACGACAUUGAGGGGGGGGGUUGCAAAAUUCCCCUCCUAAGUUGUGUGAUAUGCAAAUCUAUGCUAAUGAGAAUUGUGUGACGGGUGGAAACAGACCCAGGUCUUUUGAACUGAAAGGAAACGAAUGUCGGAGCAUUGUGGGUAAUGGCAAAGCAUCAUGGGAACAAAACUGUGACAUGGAGGACCACGGGAUAGCAAGGGUCAAAGGUCAGGUUUCCCUCCCGCGGAGCAUUAGCGAGCAGCAACUAGCGAGGAUCCAUCCACAUUCAUCUUAGUUUUGUAAUAUAAGUAGAAGUCGAUAUGAAAGGACUGUCUUGUAUUGGAGGUCUAUAUUUUGGAACUUUCGAAGUGAAAUGCUUUAUAUUUCCCAGUUUGAUGUUGUAUCCCAAGCUGUGGAUGUGUACCUAUGUAAAUUUUGAUGAAUUAUGAACCUAUUUCAUCCUAUCAGGUGCAGACAAUGUACAGACGUUGGUUUUCCUGAGGACUGUCAGAGACUUUAAAAAGUGAAAAUGGAAAAGAGUGAAAGUGAAAACUUUCUUCCACUCUCACUUUCUUUCACUUUCACUUUGUAAGAGACAUAGUUGCUAGCUUGUUCGUGGAGUGGCUAGAAAUAGACCUACCAGAGAGGCCUCAAGUCAUCAGGUAGCAGACUUUGUAGGCUGUGUUCUUCCUGACUUAGACCCUGACCACCCCUCCACUCUCGUGAUAGUUGGUACAACCCAGUUAUAAGAAGUCCGUAACGGACCACUAGACUUCUGCUCAGGGGGUGGUAGUGUGUUGGUGCAACAUCACUUUCCACUUGGCAUCACAUACAAGGAAUUAUUUAGCCUCUCCCCUUUUUUUGUUGCGAAAGUGGCCUCAACCAGCCACAACGGAUGUGCUUUGGGUGGUACCAACUUGUGUAGAGGGGACGGGGGGUGUAAACUAUGGAGGAGCGGGGCACGUUAGGUGUCCCGCGGUAGGAGAAAGGUUAAAAGAGGAAUGGUUACAAUUAUUGAUGCAAAUUUGGCCUCAGCUGCUAUUUCAGUGUUGUCAUACCCCAACCCUAAAUUCUUACAAAAGAGAGAAAAAUUUGUUUCUUUUUUCCCUUACAUGGCCUACUUAUAUUUUCUCAGUGUACAUGUCGCCCCCCUCCCUCCCUGGUUUAGAAGUCUUAGCGACCUUCCACAUUUGACCUUCCAUCUUGUUCCAUAAGGAUUUUGCGUCAUGUCCAUACAAAACAGUAAGUCAGGCGUCCCCCCUCUCCCAGGAGUGGUACAGUCCAUCUGACAAGAUUUUUGUGCCCAGAAGCAACAAACAGCUCAGGAACUUGUUUUGUUUGCAAACACGACAAAAUCAGACGAUCCUGUUUUUCUCUUUCCCGCUGACCGUUCCUGUUGGGGGGAGGGCGACGCCUAACAACGUUCAAUGUUGCCUUCUGGACUUGCUUUGGGCGUUUCCACGUCCGAGUUCCACGUCUGUUGUGGUGAAAAUGCGCCCGGCGGGUGCCAAGUGAGAGUUCUUGGGUCAGAAGUUUGGGUCCACCAACAAUAUGCAACAGCAGCCAGACAAAACGUUAGGCAGUGAAACCUGACAAUGUAGACCCAGGCCAAGUGAAACCUGAUAUCGUAGUGAGGUUAGACUGUAGAAGGUAGCAUCGCAAAACUAUCAUCGGUGCAACGACCAAAGGAUGUACCUUCCAGAGGGGAGAGGAAAUUAUGCACUAUUUUUGACUUGUGCUGAGUUGUUCGACUUAACUUGAUGAAUUCAUAGUACCGACUGGGAUACGCAUAAAGUUUAUGAGAGUCAAAUACUAUCUUUUACUAGAGUUCAGGUCUUUUAAAAUAUCAGCAAGAUUCGAUUUCUGUACAGAGGAGACUAAAAUGGAAUUGUGUCAUUUGAUUCUGAUGGCUGUGUCCAUAGUUACCUUCUUCGUGGUUUAAAAUCAGGAGGAUUCAGUUUUAUUCCAUCUCUCUAAUUGGGCUGAGUUUUGUGGUAGUACUGUUAGGUGUUAGCCAGUCUAGUCCGUGUUUAGUGUGUGUCGUAGCGUGGUAGACAUUUUUCACACAACACCCUGAAGGUGCCCCUGCAGGCAGCAAAAGCAGUCGGAAUAUCAGGCUAGCCCCCGAGGCGUCGCCAAAAUUCCAACCAUUUUUGCUUCGUUAAGAAUAGAAAACAACAACAACUGUUUCUGAGAUUGUACACGUUGCUGGAGUCGUGCUAAGAAAGACAUGUUUUAAGUAUUUGUAUGUAGAUGUCCCAAGAAGAAAUAAAGCUACAAUAAAAAACACAA